UGACUAUUUAUUUUCCUAACCUUUCUUACAAUCAGCUGACUAACCUACCUUAAUGUAUCUGUUCAGAUGACAGAUUGCUGUAAGCAACUAUCCAAUUUAAAUAAUACGAGGCUUCCAAAUAAUAGAAAUAAUAAAUGAUGAAUGUUCAAAUAAGACACCGUUAUGAGGGUUUAUUGCAUAAAUAUACUAAUGCCAUGAAAGGAUGGCAAUAUCGUUGGUUUAUACUUAAACCAGAGACUGGCGAAUUACAUUAUUUUUUAAGUGAAUCUGAAAAAAAUCAACGGCCACGAUGUUCAAUAUAUUUAGCUGGUGCAGUGAUUGCACCGAGCGAUGAAGAUUCUAAUACCUUCACUGUUAAUUCUGCUACAGGUGAUAUGAUAAAAUUACGAGCCACAGAUGCCCGGGCUCGUCAAGAAUGGGUUGACAAACUACGAGCUGUUACAGAAAUGUAUACCAGAGCAAUAGCUAGUAGUCAUCCUCCUUUACCUCCAAGAGAACAUUCUGCCAAUUCUACUAGAACUCCAGUUGCUAAAUUAGAAGUUUUAGACGCGUUUGCCAAUUGUCAGGAGCAAUUAAGAAAAGUGGAAAAACAUAAUCUUGCAUUAGCACAAACUAUUGAAAAUUCAAGUUUAAACUUAGAUCCUGAUUUAUUAGUACUUAAAGCGACUGCACAUACUACUUUACAUACAUUAAAUCAAUGCCUCAAUAUAUUGUAUCAAUAAUUUAUUGAAGAUUUUAUUAUAAACAUGAAAGAAUUAUUUUAUCAAUUAUCAAUGUAUGAAAUGCAUUUCAAUUAAUUUGUAUAAGAUAUUUUAAAUUUGUUACUGACGAUCCAACUGUUUGAUCUUCCAUAUUAAUAGUAUGUGAGAGUCUGCCUUCUUAUUAAGUAUCAGAUAGAAACAAAUUGUUUCAAAUCUUUAAAUAAAGAAGUAGUUUCAAUAAGGUAUGUAUAUCUGUGUUAUUUAUCUACUACAUAUAUAUAUAUAUUUAUCUACUACAUAUAUAUAUA